AGUCAAAACUGUGAACAAAAUCGAACACGUUUUGAUGGACUUUGCAAUAACUUUUUGUAAUUUAAAAUUUUGAUUAUUAUUAAAAGAUAUUUAAAGAGCAACUAUGGGAAUACUAGAAAAAAUAUCUGAGAUAGAAAAGGAAAUAGCUCGUACUCAAAAAAAUAAAGCUACCGAAUAUCAUUUAGGUUUAUUAAAAGCAAAGCUAGCCAAAUAUAGAUCACAAUUAUUAGAACCAUCGAAAAAAGCCGGUGAAAAAGGUGAAGGAUUUGAUGUACUUAAAAGUGGAGAUGCUCGGGUUGCAUUGAUUGGUUUUCCAUCUGUUGGAAAGUCCACUUUGUUGAGUACAUUGACCAGAACAGAAUCAGAAGCAGCUAGUUAUGAGUUUACAACGUUAACUUGUAUACCGGGUGUUAUUGAAUAUAAAGGAGCAAAUAUUCAACUAUUAGAUUUACCGGGAAUCAUUGAAGGUGCUGCACAAGGCAAGGGUCGUGGACGUCAGGUAAUUGCGGUAGCAAGAACAGCUGAUCUUGUGUUGAUGAUGUUAGAUGCAACUAAACAAGAUGUACAACGUCAAUUACUUGAAAAAGAAUUGGAGAGUGUUGGAAUUCGUUUGAACAAAAAGAAACCGAAUAUUUACUUUAAGGUUAAGAAAGGAGGCGGUUUGUCAUUUAAUUCGACUUGUCCGUUAACAAAAGUCGAUGAAAAAUUAGUACAAAUGAUAUUACACGAAUAUAAAUUAUUUAAUGCUGAGGUAUUGUUCCGUGAUGAUUGUACUGCUGAUGAAUUAAUUGAUGUUAUUUCAAAUAAUCGUGUAUAUUUACCAUGUCUUUAUGUUUAUAAUAAAAUUGAUCAAAUUUCAAUUGAAGAAGUAGAUCGAAUAGCAAGACAACCAAACAGUGUUGUUGUUAGUUGCAACAUGAAACUGAAUUUAGAUUAUUUAUUAGAAACAUUAUGGGAGUAUUUGUCCUUAAUUCGAGUAUAUACAAAGAAACCAGGUCAACCGCCAGAUUUUUCAGAUGGUUUAAUCUUACGUCGCGGUGUUACUGUUGAACAUGUAUGUCAUGCUAUACAUCGAACAUUAGCUGCCGCGUGUAAAUAUGCACUAGUUUGGGGUACAUCUACUAAAUAUUCACCUCAACGAGUUGGAAUGUCUCAUACAAUGCAUGAUGAAGAUGUUAUUCAAAUUAUUAAAAAAUAAAUAAAAAAAAAGAACAAUGAUGUAAGGUGUGAUGUGUUUUCUAAAACAUUUAUUAU